CGUGUGGAGCACGAGCCCUCCUCUCCUCUGCAGCUGGCCCAACCUGCCUGCCUCCGCGACCUUCCUGCGCGUACGCCACGGGAAGCGAGGCGACCACGCGCCCCCUGCCCUGCCCGUCUCCACACUCCUGUCUCGUCCCACACCAUGGAUCCGCGCGGCCACCAGCCGCCGGAGGACGGCUUCUUCCACCCGCGUGACGCCGACAUGAGUCAAAGGACAGAGUGCAAAGCCCAAGGUCCGUCUUCCGCACGCAAGGUACAAAAGGCUGAUCGUGAGAAGAUGCGAAGAGAUAAAUUAAAUGAGCAGUUCCAGGAAUUGGGAAACACACUUGAUCCAGACCGUCCCAGGAAUGAUAAGGCAACUAUCCUUGGUGACACAAUCCAGAUGCUGAAAGAUUUGACUUCUCAUGUGAACAAGCUGAAAGCUGAAUACACGUCACUUUCUGAAGAAGCACGUGAGUUGACACAAGAAAAGAACGAGCUUAGAGAUGAGAAAGCUUCACUGAAAUCUGAGGUUGAUAACUUGACUAACCAGUAUCAGCAACGAAUGCGGGUGCUGUACCCAUGGGCUGGAAUGGAACCUUCCGUUGUCAUUGGGCCACCUCCAGCAUAUCCCUACCCAGUCCCAGUUCCCAUACCCUCUGGUGCUGUACCCAUGCAUCCGCAGCUGCAGGCGUACCCCUUUUUCCGAAGUCAAACUUCUGGAACAAUCCCCAAUGCAUGCACUCCUUACAUGGCAUACACUCAACCCUGUCAUCCUCCCACUGAUCAGCCAUCUAACCAACCUAAUAGCCCAGUUGCCAAUUCAAGUAGUCAUCGGUCUAACUCUCCUGCGCGAGACUGUAGAAGCAAAUCAUCUACAUUGCAGCAAGCAAGCUGUGGAGUGAGAAGCAGUGACGUUGGUGAUGUUGCAACUGAUCUUGAACUGAAAACUCCUGGUUCUUCAGGUCCCUCACAUUCAGAGAUCGCUAACAAGGAUUCCUCUUCUGACUUGAAAACAAAGAAGCAAUGCAUAAAGCAGAUUAAUUGUAGCAGUAUCACAGAAGGCACCAGUUCAAGCAGAUGCUCUUCCAGUGGCCCCCCAGAUGUCUCUAAUAGUGUUGGAGAUGGAUAAGUUGCUGACAUUAUUGGCAGUACAAAACGUAGAUAAGUAUAGGUUGAGAAAAGAUCUCUUCUAACCUCCUAUUAGUCAGCUGUCAUCAUAUAUAUGUGAUGUAAUUUGCUGUUGUCGCUAGCUCAUCUACAUAGAAAUGCCCAAUUCCUAAUGUCAGGACUGGACAGACUAUUGAUCAAUUGGAAUUGUAGUUCCAGUUAGGAGCGCUAUCCUCAUGUUUGUUAGUGGACAAAGCUUGCUGGAAGAAAAAAAAAUAAAGAGAACAAAAGCAUAGACAACAGCCUUUUAUGGUGAUUCAAAAUGAUGUCCAAGAUUUGGUUUGCCAGACAUGCAUUGCCCGGCUUUGUUUCAGAUAAAUAUUUAUCGACAUAUUUAAGGAGAGUAA